ACGCGAUAUUUUUUUUUUUCAAUUUAUAAUAUUUUGGUGCAUGAAGAAUGAAGUAGAAAAUAUAUAAUGAAAACAUAAAUAAAUAUACAUUGUGAUGUAGGAACAUUUAUGAUCAAAAAGAGCUAAACCGGAUAAACCUAUUAUCAAAAUGACGGAUUCAAGUUCGUUCACGUCUCUGCUAGAGUUGGUGGACAGCCACCUGUCCAAAACCAGCAUUCAAGGGCAAUCUGAGGGUGCCAGCCACAGCCUCAGUGACCACAUCCAAAUCCCACGGUUAGCCGGGCAGAUUGGUGUCCAGUCUGACACCAGAUUGACUCCACCCGGCCGGCGGAUCAACAUACCCACAUUCCAGUUAGGUUCUAGCCCCAUUGACAAUGUCCUCGCUCAACAAUUAUCAAACAUGCUCAAGGCCAAAGAGCUUAAACGCCAGCAGGAAGAGGAGCAGCAGCGACUAGUCGAAGAAACCCGCCGACUUAAACUAGAGGAGGACAAAUGCGUUAUAGAUCUAAUGCAAGCACUGCAGACACCGUACAAGCCUGAACCAAAGAAAGAAGUCAUAAGUACUGCCAGCUCUUUUGAAGACCUCUUUGAACACAACUUCAUUGAGGAAUGCCCUGAAGAAGUGCUGAUGAAAACCCCUGAGCCUCUACUGCCAUUAACAACAGACAUGUCAUACAUGCUUCGGCAAAAAGUAAAGAGAGGGAAAUGCUCACAAUUUGGUAAAGUUCUCACAUCCCGCUUAAAGCCUGUAGCUGCUCCUUACUUGCAUGAGAUGAUCGAGAGUGACAUUGUGCGUUUUAAAUUUGACACUCCAUCACCCUGUGACUUGAUAAAGGAGAAGCUACGCAAGCCGACAUCUUACAACACUUAUAACUUUAAUAUAUUUGACAUGAUAUAGGGAAGACAGAGACCAGCCAGGUUUGUUGUUUAGGAAUAAUCUGCAAGUGCAGGCCAGCUCAUGUCAUAUCGAGUCUUGUCUGCAGGAAUGCAACGCAUUCAAAAAAUCCGAGGGUGAUUGGACCAACGUACUAUGAACCU